UAAGUAAAAUGUGGAAAGGGUCGCAUAGUGUUGACGUCAAAAGGCUCUUCGUCGCAAAGUGUAGCACACGAGGCUAGAGUGCUAAUCUAAGCAUUUUCAGCCAUGGCAAAAGAGAAGAAACAGAAGAAAUAUGCUGUCAUGAAAAGAAGGAUAAGUUUAAAGGAUCAGAGGAUAAAAGAACAGGACAGGGCAAAAACGCAAAAGAAGAAGAAAGAAGAUCCCUCAGUCAUUAAAGAACAAGAAGUAGCAAAGUACCCUUCUUGUAUGUUCUUUCAAUACAACACCCAGCUUGGACCUCCGUAUUACAUCCUUGUUGACACCAACUUUGUCAACUUUUCUAUUAAGGCCAAACUGGAUAUUGUCCAGUCAAUGAUGGAUUGCCUCUACGCUAAAUGUGUUCCUUGCAUAACCGAUUGUGUUAUGGCUGAGCUUGAGAAAUUAGGCAUGAAGUUUCGAGUGGCUUUGCGGAUUGCAAAAGAUCCCCGCUUUGAACGAUUACCUUGCUCACACAAAGGAACGUACGCUGACGACUGCUUGGUGCAAAGAGUAACACAGCACAAAUGUUACAUCGUGGCCACGGUGGACAGGGACCUAAAAAGGAGGAUACGGAAGAUCCCAGGAGUCCCCAUCAUGUACAUCUCCAAUCACAGGUAUAACAUUGAGAGGAUGCCAGAUGAUUAUGGUGCACCACGGUUGUAGAUGUUUUUUUUUUUGUUGUUGUUUUUUUCCCAAGAAUUCUUUACCUUCUACAUUUAAAAGAUUUCCUCUUUGAAUUAUGUUCAGAACUCAGUAUAAUAAAGUAUAAUAAAAUAUACUCCAGUAGCUCAGACUAAUUAAAACGUGAGGAAAAAUAGGAGGAAAAGACUAGUCCAACUCUAGUGACUGUGGUGGGGAACUUCAGAGAUUUAGGACAUCCUCUUAUUUAUAUCAAUGUGUUGAUUUCAAUUAUUUGGAGUCUCCCAUCAAUGAUUUGGAUUUAAUCAGACAUAUCAAAUUGGCCUGGAAGUCUUGAACCUAUGCUGUAUGUUAACCGAUGCGGUGUUAAAUAAUAAUACACCUCUCCCAUGAAGCCACUCCCUGGAGCUCUUUUAUGCUCUUAUGUGUUUUCUUUUCUGCUUGGAGACUGUCAUAAAUAAAAAUCAUUGCAGAUAAA